GUGAAUGUGUACAGUCGUGUGUCUCGUAUUUUGCUGAUAAAGUUAAUUCGUUAUUGCUAUAUCGAUACACCAGUUAUUUUAGUAUUUCAUUAUGCCGUCGUCUUCGGGCGACGCAAAUCGCGCCGGCCUGAAUCAAGCCGGUAAUAAACUCAAGGCUAUGGUUGCCAAAAAUUCUGCCACAAGUUCUGGAUUUCAGUUAGUCAGUAAAAACGGUAAGCCACUUAAAAAUCUGUCCAGCCCCGUCUCACCAAGUUUUCGACAAAUUGUCAAAAAUCCUCCAUCCUUAAACGUAUCUAACAUAUCUAGCUCUGCUUUCGAUUAUAAUAAUAUCUCACUGCUAACCGAUAAAUCGUCUGAGUCUACGGUCAUGGACAUAAAUGAUAACGCUAACGACCACACUAAUGAGUUCGAUAUCGAUUCCUCGUCUCCAACAGAUAACUCCGUUGCGGGCCUCUCCUCAACAAAACACGAUAACACUUCUAAUAAUAAUAAGUACGUCAAUAUUCUACAAAAAUCUUUUUCAUCUGACUAUAUUGGGCCAGUAAUUGUUUUAAUUGAGAGUUUAAUUGAAAAUACAAAUCUAGGAAACUGACAUCCUAUCAGAGCCGCCAAAUUCUUCUCUAUGAAUUUUACGGGCAUUAUAAACAUUAAGCCCGCGGCCUCCAAAAAAAUUAAGAUCACGUUC